UUUUAUUUUUAUAAUUUUGAAAAAGAAAAGAGACUUUUCUGAAGAAUGUUUCUAAUUUUUUGUUUGAACUUUGACACUUCUGGAAAUGUUCAAUAAUACAACUUCUUUGGAUACAUCAUCUGAUACACCGCAGCUAUUUAAUAAUGACUGCGUUCUGCCUGAAAACUGGACCACGGCACCAUUUGCUUACGGGGAAGUUGACAGUUUGUUAGACACUAUAAGUCUACCAAUUUUGUUUGUUUUUGGAAUCUUUGGAAAUACGUUCACUGUGGUAAUUUUGUUUCGACAAAAAGGACACUGGCAUACUCUUGAGAGAUUUUUGACAGCUUUAGCGUUUUCAGACACUGUUCUUCUUAUUUUUGAUGUCCUAGUUGUUUGGCUUGGUUAUAUUAGGGAAACAGAACUUUUUGACGACAGCGAGAUUAUAUGCAAAUUACAUCUGUAUUUGAGUCAAACCUGCUAUCAAUUUUCAGCAUGGAUUCUUGUAGCGUUAACAAUAGAAAGACUUUUAAGUGUCGUGGUACCUCAUAAGUUAAGAGAUAUUGUUACCACGAAGAGAGUUAACAUUUAUAUAACGAUCUUGGUAAUAUUGGCGUUUGGUAUUAACAGCCACCUAAUAUUUGGCACCGGGCAUGACGAGGGUGAAUCAAAUAAGUGCUGGUAUGAGUCAGAUUCUUAUGAGUCAUUUUACAACAUUGCCUGGACGUGGAUUGAAUUAUUUAUAGAAUUUGCUAUACCUUUCGUCAUCAUUCUUUUCUCAAAUGUAAUUUUGCUUUACAAACUAUCAAAAAGACAAAAAAUAUUGUCACAAACAAAGGGUCUAAACACAGGAAGGAAUCAAAGGCUUACACUCAUGGUGGUUAUGCUCUGCAUAGUGUUUUGCGUAUCUAUGUCGCCGUAUGUUUUGUGCAAGUUGUUCUGGGAAUCAUGGGCAGACAAUCUCCACCAACUUUGGUGCGUAGAUAAAGAAGAAUACGAUGAAAAGGUUGAUCAGUAUACAUGGAUUGUGGCUAUAACAAAUGCUGUUUCCUAUAUUAAUCCAUCAAUAAAUUUUAUAUUGUAUGUUAUUUCUGGAUCAAGAUUCCGAGGAGAACUUAAGGCAUUAUUCCUUUGUAAACAAGCCGGCAACAAGAAUGUGUUCAGUUAAUUACAGACGACAUCGUUAUUAUAUGUACAGAAAAUUUGAGCUUUAAUUUAUGCGGCGAUUCAAAGAAAAUAUAUAAGUCGAGCUCCGACGACAUCUACAUUUUAUUAUUAACAAAAUCACAAAGAAAGUAAUGUAAUGUUCUGACUAUCCCACAUUAGAUUUAAAACAUUUUUUCUCUCGUACUUAUCCCGCAGAAAAGACACAGUAGCCUUUUUAGUGCAUUAAGUUUUCAACACAAUUUGCGUUAUUCGGUCGUUUUAUGCGUAUCGAGAAAGGAAAUCAACAAGAUUUAUGACAAGAAAAGUGACAUAAAUUGCGUUUUCAGCAUCCAAACAAUCAUCAUAACAAUUUAAGGCUAAAUAACAUUUACUAGACACAAACGUUUUCACUAUUGUCAUUAAAUUCGUAGACAUCCAAUUUAAACGUUGACAGAAGGAUAGUACAACAUCAUGAUAUAAAAUACUAUAACCUCUCUCAAAUGUCUUGGUUUCAACUUUCAAAUUUUCUAGUCUUAGCCAACUAACCAUACUCAGAAAUAUACAUUUAGUCAAAGAUACAAAAACAAUACAGAUUUUCACAGCAGAUUUCUGUGAAACUAAAAUGAGGGUCAUGAUGGCCUUAGAUCUCUUCAAUAACUUUGAAAACUGGCCUGCGUAUUCAUAGAUGAUUUUCAAAGCUUUCCCCGGCGCCCUCUGUAACCGCGCGCGCGUGUGCGUGUCUGUUUUUAUAUACAUGUAUAUACUAUAUAUAUUGUAAUGGUUUUAACAAUUUUAAUAGAAAGUCACCUCUUGACAGUUUCUAUGAAAUUAUUUUUAAAUCCCACCAGAGCUGCAAAAAGUCGAUGGUGUUUGACGAUUGUAUAUUUUAAGCUGUGACGGCCAUAUUUUCGACAAUUCGGAAUGAUUUGAAUUUCUGUCAUUGUUUUAAGAUCGGACCAUAUAGGAAGAGAACUUGAGUGAUGUUGUUUGAAGCACUUUCUACUUUAGUCUUGUUUGCCGUUUGUUUGUUUGUUUGUUGUUGUUGUUGUUGUUGUUAUUGUUGUUUUUGGCGAGUCGGGGUCAAAUGUAUGUAAAGGGUAACAAAACUACGCAAAAUAAUUCUAAGAUCCCUUAAUCUUAUUCUGACAAGGAAAUGUUUAAAUUUUCCGUUGAUCUUUGCAGGGAACAGUUACCACGCGUUCAUGUAAUAAUUGUUCGUUGACAAUUGUAUUGAUAUGAUAAAGAUAUAGAUAAAAUGUGGUCAACUGGGUUUCUAAAGUAAAACAUGUGUUACAAGAAUCUGGUUUUAAUACUGUAUGGUUAUAUCCUGAAUCAGUUGAUAUCAAAAUGUGUAUUCCAAUAUUACAUAAAAGAUUGUUUAAUCUGUAGACCAGACAUGUUUAACAAAUCUUAUGUUUGUUUGUUUAAAGAACUUAACCUGGCGUUUGAAAUAUCUGAAUAUCUACUAAAUAAAUUGAAUUUUAAAUAGGCUGACCAUAUUUUUUAUUAAUCGUU